GAGAGAGCACACCGGACGGCGCCCACCCCCGCCGCCGCCGCCGCCGCGGCCGUCACAGGAAGCCAUUCUCUCGGCCGCGCAGUGGCCUUACAAAGGGCAGCCGCAUUCGUCCCCGAUUCCCCCUACUCGAGCCAAGGCGCGGCGGCAAGCAAAAGCCUCAGCGGAGCCUAGAGUUCGUUCGUUCCAACAGUCACUCGCUGCAGCCCUAAACCCUAAUCAGGGCCGAACCGGCGGCGGCGCCAGGCAUGGCGGGCCAGGAAGAAGGCGACCCCGACUGGCUCACUGCGUUCCAGGCACCAAGUUUGGCACCGGUGAUGCUUUCUUCUGGUUCUGAUUCUUCUCGUGAAAACAGCCCUACAAGAGCUGAUCAAGAAGAAAAGGAGGCAGGCAAGGGUAAUUCAGAUACCGCAGGCCGUACAGAUGAUGCCACUAAGGGCAAACAGCCGACAGCAACUAGGCGGAAAGCACUUGCUAGUAAAAAAGGUGCUCUGGGCAAGCAUGAGGGAUCAUCCAUGGAAGAACAAGAAGAUAUACCUCCCAAACGCAGGACUCCAAAGAAGAAUUUGGUUGCCCUAUCUGAUUCUUCUGCUGGAAAUAGCCCUUCAAGGGCUAGUGAAGCCAAUGAAGAAGAGGACUCACUUAAGGAUAAAAACGCAAAAGUUGUUGGAACAGAAUCUUGUCCAGAUCAAAGAGAUGAUACCUUGGAACAACUGGAAGAGGGAGUUGCUGAGGAACAAAUGCAGGACAAGCUUCCAGGGAAUUCUAUCUCCCAGAGGUUGCCAUUAAUGAUUACUGAUAAAGUUCAACGUUCAAAGGCAUUAGUAGAAUGCGACGGUGACUCUAUAGACUUGAGUGGAGAUAUUGGAGCUGUUGGGAGGAUAGUAAUUUCAAAUGGCCCGACUGGAAAUCAGGAUUUGUUACUGGACCUAAAAGGAACAGUAUACAAAUCAACCAUAGUGCCAUCCAGGACAUUUUGUGUUGUCAGCGUGGGACAAACAGAAGCAAAGAUAGAGGCCAUCAUGAAUGACUUCAUCCAACUGGAACCCCAUUCCAAUUUAUUUGAAGCAGAGACUAUGAUGGAAGGUACCCUUGAUGGAUUCACAUUUGAUUCCGAUGGCGAGGGUGACAGGCUUCAUGAACUUCAUGCUUCUCAAAAUGAUCAGAACAAUGACAAUGACGAUGAACCUAAGGCAAAAACGAAAAGAAAAACUGAGAAGCCAGCGGGCAAGGGACAGAAGAAGGCAAAGGUUACCGGGAAGACAGCUAAGAAGGGAGCAAGGAAGACCCAAUCAACCAAGAGAACAAAGAAGGCGAAGAAAUAAUAAUUUGCGGAGGAACUGGGGUACUUUCCAGUAAAGAUGAGGACUCGCUUUGAACCAGACACGAUGAAACGAUACCAUACAAGGCCACAUGUCGCCACUUUAUCAUCGUGUACUUUUAGGAAGAGAAGGAAAUACAAAAUUGCAGGUCGUUACAAUGCAGUGUACACUAGAGUGGUAGUUAGCAGAAAUCAAGCACUUAAUAUUCAUUGAGCUUUAUUCUACCCGUGAAAAGAGAAGUUGUACAAUGUGAUUCCAUUGUAUUUAAAUGUCGCAUGCAGUUUUGAGAUAAAGCAAGGAAAGUAAAAAUACUUACUGUCA